AUGUUCUGUACCAUAAAGAAAAGAGCCUUUACGUUCAUCUUCCUCUCAUACGCCAGCUUCGUCUAUUCAGACAAAACGGAUAGCAUAGGGAAUGCGCUGGCGGGGGGGUUAAGCGGCGGAUUGAGUGGCGGCUUGCCUGGCGGGCUGACCGGCGGACUUACCAGCGGACUUCGCAGCCUCAGUAGCCACGUCGCCCCCGCUGCAGCGCCCGUGGGAACGGCACGGGGACCCAACAUGCACACAUGCCACGCAGCCGGAUGCAAGUCCUACAAAAACAUCACGCCUAGCGAUCCAGAAGGGUGUCUAUACGGAUUCAUCUGCAAAGAAUGCAAAAAAACCCACGCGAAGAAUUCAAACAUCUGCUUCUACUCCUCCCUCCAGGGGUACGAAAAUCUGUACGAAGCAUAUUUGGAGGAUUUUACAAACAACAAACCCUACGACAAUUUCACUGUCCCAGUGAUUAAUUCAAACAAAGGUGAGCAGAACGGGAAGGACGCGUCCAGUGAUAAGGAGACCACCUCUAGUGACGCAUCGGGGAGUGACAAGAAGAGCAGUCGCUCACAAGGAGAAGAGGAUGAUGAAGAAAAAGGGGAACCACAACAUCGGGACAAGGGUGACAAAGCAGGAGGAAGUCGCUACGAGGAAGAGUCAGAUGAAGAAGGAGAACAAGAAGAGGAACAGGAAGAGGAGGAGGAUGACGACGACACGGAUGCGAAAGGUAAACGUGGUGAAAAUAAAGGGGAUAACUCCUCUAAUGAGAAGAACAAAGGUGGAGACAAUUCUCAUGCAGAGGAUGAAACCAAGUCAUUUCUUCAAAAAGGGUCUAACCAGGUUUAUAGCAAAGUUGAGUUACAUCAACUGGUGAAAAAAGGAGGGAGGGAACAACCCAGUGAAUCCAAGCCGAGAAAAGGGAAGGAUGCUUUCCCCACUUCGUUGGAGACAGAUGUGCAGCUUGGAAUCAAUGAGGGGGGAUAUAACAGGAGAACGUUCGAACCUCCGAACAGAUCCACCUCUGCUGAAAGAUCCCACCCCAACGACUAUUCCUUCGCUGAGUCCAAAGAAGAAAAGGAAAAAAUCGUCUACAAACGGCUCAAAAUAAGCCUGAACAAAUAUGAGGAGUAUUUUAAAAACAAACUAAACAAAUGUGAUGUGGGGAAAGACGGAAUGGCGACUUUCUACGUGAAAGUGCUGCUUCAGAUUGUGCAGGAUAAAAACGAGAUCUAUGUUGACGUGAGUAGGGGGAGAGCCUCGUCGCAUAUGGGCCCAGUGUCCAAUGGACAGAAAGGGAAUGCAGGGAAGAAGACAAACGGGAGAGGCGAGUCGGGGGAGGAUGAAGAAGAUGAGGAGGAUGCGGACGAAAGUGACGAGGAUGAGUCCAUGCGCGCGUCCAACGCGAGGAAGGGAGGGGGAGGGGACAAUUACAGCUCAGACGCAGAAACGGGCAGCGACAGUGAGGGCGGGGGAUCCACGGGGUUCGCGGGGGUGAAUAAGUACGCCUAUGUGGAAGUGCACGGGGGAGAAGCAGACAGGGGAGAAGCAAACAGAGGAGAAGCAAACAGGGGAGAAGCAAACCUGGCAAGCGCGGAAUCGCAGUCGUUCUACCAAGUGAAGGAGGACCUGGACGGAGACGCCAUGGGAAACUACUACAAAACCGGAAAUGGAUUUUUCAAAUCUAUUUUCAGAAGGGUUUUUCGAAGAAGAGGAGAUUCAGAUGAAGAUGGAGGAGGGGAAAAUGAGGACGGUGAUGAGGAAUCCCAGGGGAAGAAGAGAAGAUGGUGGAGAUCUCCAUGGAACAGACGAAGAGGGAAUAAUAAACAACUGCAGGGUGGUGACGAUGACGGUAAUGAGAGUGAGGAUAUUUCAAGCAGCAGUCAACGUACAAGUGGCAAAAAAAGGAGACUAUUCGGCCGGUCUAGUCGAGAUGACCAAGGGGACGAAAGCAGCGAUGACAACGAAGACUUCGACGAUGAAGAAUCCAGUGGGAGAAGCGGGGCAGGAAAAGGAAAAGGCCACGGCAACCAUAACGGAAAAGCAAAAAAGGGAGGCAGAUUCGCUGGAAUUAAAUCCAAAACGGGAAAUCUCUUUACCAAAGUGAAAAGAAAGAUAAUGCCAAUAAAACAGAAGAUACACAUGGAAGCAUUUUUUAACAGCAUCAUCGUGAAAUCAUGCAGGAAUCCUCUCAAAUGGAAUGGAAAAAUGUUUCAGAAGAAAUCUCUCGUCGAGAUGACUCUCAAGAUUCCUGUUAAAAUGAAAUACAUAAAAAAAGAACCUCUACACUUUUUCCGAUCUGGUUACGAAGUUAUUCUAACUUGUAGUAACUGUGAGGAGAUUCUCUUCAAUUCGUGUGUACAGGUCUACUGCACCAAGAGAGCUAGCAAGUCCGAACAGGCAGUGGGGCACCACAGCGGGCACGUGGCAGGAGGUGCAUUGGGCAACGCUGCUUCUGGCGCUGCUCCCGCUGCAGCACCAACACCAGGAGCACUUGCAGCAGGAGCACUCGCAGCGGGAGCACUCGCAACGGGAGCAUCCGCAUCCGGAUCAGUCGCAGCUGGAUCUCCAUACCUUUAUUCGGAGAACGCGUCCGACUUCGCACCACUGGCAAUGUUCGAUUAUAACGAUCAGUACUUCCCCGGCAGUGUAAACUCAGAGGAAGAUGAUAAAAGCAGUGAAGGACACAUGUACGUUAGCUACUCCGUCAUUCUCGUCACACUGAUGGCUGUCCUAUUUCUGUAG